CCUGCAUUCUUCUAACCUUCUCCCUCGCCCUUCAUUUUUGCACUUCAAUUUCUUUUUAUUCUAGAAGUUACGUAUUUCAACUUCCUCCAAGCCUAAGUGAAAAGGAUAAUAAUCAGUUACAAGAAUUAGUUACUUAGUGCUAUUUUUUUGAAAGUGAGAUUCUAUCGAAGAUGACACAGCAGAAUGUGGUGGUGUGCAACACCAAAUCCAGCGGUGACUUGUCGGUUUUUCCGGCGGCGAGUGCGGCGCAAAAGCCACCGGUGGGUGGAGGGUACAUUUCCAUUUCAAGGAGGCCAAGGAGGGUUCUCAAGAACCUUGAGAUCAAUGGAGAUAACAGAAUCAACGCUUUGGUUGAAUCCAUGAGAGCCUCUUCCCCAACUCAUCUCAAGUCCACUCCUUUGACUGAAGAACAUAGUUCUUGGAUUCUUCGCUAUCCAUCGGCAUUGGACAUGUUUGACGAAAUUAUGAAAGGAUCCAAGGGGAAGCAAAUUGUGAUGUUCCUUGAUUACGACGGAACGUUGUCUCCUAUAGUCGAGGACCCUGACCGUGCUUUCAUGUCGAAUUCGAUGAGGAAAACGGUUAGAAAACUCGCAAGGUAUUUUCCAACUGCCAUAGUCACGGGAAGAUGCAAAGACAAGGUCUACAAUUUUGUUCGAUUGGCAGAGCUAUAUUAUGCUGGGAGCCACGGAAUGGAUAUUAAAGGACCAACAAGAACUUCCAAGUACAACAGAGAUAGUAACGCAGAAGGAGUUCUUUUUCAACCAGCAAGUGAAUUUCUUCCCAUGAUAGAUGAGGUGUACCAGCAAUUGUUGGACAAGACAAAAUCAACUCCUGGAGCUAAGGUGGAGAACAACAAGUUUUGCGUCUCAGUUCAUUUUCGUUGUGUUGAUGAAAAGAAAUGGACUGAACUUUUGCAUCAAGUUCAAUCAGUGUUAAAAGAGUACCCUAAGCUUCGUCUUACACAAGGAAGGAAGGUAGUUGAGAUCCGCCCCACUAUUAAAUGGGACAAAGGCAAAGCCUUGGAAUUUUUACUAGAGUCUCUCGGAUUUGCCAACUGUAAUGAUGUAUUUCCAAUUUAUAUUGGUGAUGAUCGAACCGAUGAAGAUGCUUUCAAGAAAUUAAGAGAUAGAGGCCAAGGUUUAGGGGUUCUUGUCUCAAAAUUUCCAAAGGAUACAAGUGCUUCUUACUCUCUUCAAGAACCUAACGAGGUGAUGGAAUUUCUUCAACGCUUGGUAGAAUGGAAACAGGUAUCCAUGCGAGCACGUUAGUGGGCAUAUAUGUAAUAAUAAUGUACAUGAAAUUACAUAUACGUAUGUAGUACAUUCCCAACCUGCCAUAAUAAUAAUAAUAAGAAGAAGAAGAAGUGCAGUUUGGAUACGACGUAUAUGUAGUAGCUAGUGGUAAACUAGUAACUAAUGUAGACAUUUUGUAUUAUUAUUAAGAAAAUGCAAAUGUCUAUAUAUAAUUAUAUAUGUAUGUAUGUGGAAAGAAGAAAGACAAAAGUGUCUUUCGUCUUUGUUUGAGAAUUGAAAAGCAUGUCUUGUUGUUGUAAUUAGAUAAGUUAAGCAGUGAGUAGUACAAGUCAACGCUAAUUAAGCU